GAGCAGGAGGGCCCGACGGGGCGGGCGGGCAGCGGGGAGAUGGCGGGGCGGCGGCGGCGGGCGCUGCUGCUGCGCUGCUUCUUGCUGGGGCUGCUGGGCGGCGGCGGCGGGGGCCAGCCCGGCGGCGGCGAGUACUGCCACGGCUGGGUGGACGGGCAGGGCGGCUACCACGAGGGUUUCCAGUGCCCCGAGGGCUUCGACACGGCGGCCGCCACCAUCUGCUGCGGCUCCUGCGCGCUGCGCUACUGCUGCGCCGCCGCCGAGGCCCGCCUGGAGCAGGGCGGCUGCACCAACGACCGGGAGCCCCCGGACCCGGGAGUCACCGCCCGUGAGUGCCCGGCCCGCGGGUCCCGGGGCGGGCGGGAGCCGGUCCCCGCGGAGCAUCCCCCCACUCCCCGUGCCGCGGGGGCUGCUCGGCCCGGUUCGGCCCGGCGGGUGGGCAGGAGGCGGGCGCGGCUCCAAGAACCAAUCUACGUUCCAUUCCUCAUUGUUGGAUCAAUAUUUAUUGCCUUCAUUAUCGUGGGCUCUCUGGUAGCGGUUUAUUGUUGCACAUGUUUAAGACCCAAACAACCGUCGCAGCCAAUACGAUUUUCUCUGCGGAGCUACCAGACCGAGACUUUCCCCAUGAUCCUGGCUUCCACAAGCUUCAGGACACCGUCGAGGCAAUCCAGCACCGCAACGAGUUCCAGUUCGACCGGCAGCUCGGUUCGCAGGUUCUCCUUUCCCCGGGCGGAGCCGGGCUGCCUUGUGGCAUCGCCGCCUCCGCCGUACACAUCUGGCUGCUUCCAGGCAGCCCAUGCAGUCCACCUGACCCAGCCGUCAGGGUUUCUGGUGUCCCCGCCGUACUUUGGGUAUCCUCUCCAGCCAGAACCUGCCCUGGCUGGGAAGAGCUGCUCCGACUUUACUCAGAGCUGAAAGGAGUUGUGAAGAAGUAACGCAGCCUUUGGAAGCGCAGGGACCGCUGCUGCCGGGUGUCACACUGACAUGCUCGGUGGCUGCAGAAGUCAGAACCGUCCCCCUGGGUGAGUUGCCCUUGAGAAGUGCAAGGUUCUCCUUCGGGAUCUCGUUUCCCAAACUUGGAUCACGCUUACAAAUGAACUGGAAAAUAUUCCAGAGAGUUGCUCUGAGAGCUGACUGCUCCGAUCGUUCAGCCUAAUUUGUGCAGAACACGCUCAGAGACAAGUAGGAAAACCAUUUUGGGCUAAAGGUACUCAUUUCACAGUGCUAUAAAUGACAUUUUAACCCUAAAUGCUAUUAACUUAGUUAACAAACAGUGGCUGCGUUCCACAGAUCAUAAUCAGACUAGUUCUAUAAAGCAGCAAUGUCUGAGAAGUAAGAGAGGAGUAAUAGUUACUAAAGAGGAUCCUGAAAACAGCUGACCGCUUCCUACUUCCAUGAACAAUGAAAAUAAAAGGAAGAAUUUUACUACAAAUACCAAAAUUUAUAAAAUACACGUACCUGAAUUUACAGUGCAUGUCUGUAUUAGUAAAUUUUAACUACGAUAGGUAAAAUGAGUACUAACGAGGCUGGUUGAAAACAAGCCAAUCCCAAGCAGCCAGAUAAUUACCGAUGAGAAAAGCAGAAUGUAUUCAGCAGUAUCACUAAUAACUUAUCCGCAUAAAAUUCUAAAAAAUGGCGUUAUAUUAAGUGUUUUUCAGAAGUAAGUAUUUAUUGUUGGCUUUUCGCUCAGCAACGCGUAAGUUGGACAAACUGAUCAAAAAGUUUUAUUUGUAAAAUUAGCCAUGUAUAAAAUGUAAAGACAAGCUUGUAAUUUAAAAUGUAUUUACAGCAUUGACAACACUAAUUAUUUGGUAGUCACACACAAAAAAUUUAUCAUUAAACUGUGGUUGAAAUAC